GCCAUCUUUGUGAACUGUAUAAACAGACUAGCCGGAGGUUUGUCUGUUAAUAUAUAUUUAUUGUUUUAGUGUGUAUGUGUUUGUAGUUUCGUCACAAAAUAUGUCUGGAGAGAAAGCUGAUUUGAAGAAGGAAAACGCAGUUGAUUCAGUUAAUAAGGAGGCGGAGGAUGAGGGCGUGCAGGGCCGCGGCGGGCGGCGCAGCGGGGGCAAGCGCGUCUCCACCAUCGCGCGCACCGCGCAGGAAGGGGAGGCUCUCUUGAAGGGGCUGGGCCACAAGGAGGAGGGCGGGGGAGCGGAGGUGGAGAACAGGCGUCGCACGCGCUCGUCCACACGGGGCGUCAUGCCCACGCCCCCGCCACCCACCAAGCGCGAGAAGAGGACGCCCGCGAGUGGCACUAGAGGGGGGUCGCGGCGCGGCCGGCCCCGGAAGGAGGAGGACGAGGAGGAGAAGAAGGAGGACAGCGAGGAGCCGGCGGAGGCGGAGACCAACGACAAGGGGGCGGCGGCCCCGGAGGAGCCCGCCCAGCCGGCAGGGGACAAGCCGCCCGCCCCGGAGCCCGCCCCCAUGGAGGUGGAGCCCCAGCAGGACGGCGAGAAGGACGAGCCGGCCGAGAACGCAGUCGACGACAAGCAGGAUGCCCCGAGCUCGGACGGUGCGGAGAGCUCCAAGGCGCCCAGCGGGGACUCGCAGGAGACCCCGGCCCCGGCCCCUGCCGCGGCCCCGGAGGAGGCGGCCGCCCCCGAGGAGACCAGUGCUGCAGCAGCAGAGGCCCCCAAGGACAGUGACAAGAGCCAACCAGAGGCCACGCCCAAUGACAGCACGCCGGCGACGGCCAGCGAGCAGCCCCCUCCGGCCCCCACAGGGACGCCAGCAGAGUAACGUCUGUAGCCGGGCCUCGCGUACCUGAAUUUUUAUAACAUAUUGGUUUGACGUUGACAUCGUCAUGUUUUAAAUGCAAACUAGAACAUCUUGUGUACAGAAAAAAAAAUUAAAAUAACAAAAAAUAUCAGCAUAAAAAAUUUAUGAAACAGACACAGAAAUUGAAAUAGAUCUAGCUGGCACCGGAGCGGGAAUGACGUGUGUCUGGGACAGAGAGCGCCCGAGGACGGCCGUGUUUCCGAGACGUCGAGCAGUAGUUGUGCGCAUGCCCUCUUGUGCCUGUUACGUUCCGUGUUGCACGCGUUCUCCCGUUGUUUCUUAAAUUGUGGCUAGAUUAGUUAUCAGCUGGUGAAGAAUUUUAUUGCGUUUUCGUGGGCAUUUUUCUGUCACCUAAAUUACAUUUCUGAGUUCCAGCUCUGGUGAGUUUUUUUCAUAGUAGUUUUCCGGCUACUGAAUCGCAACUCGUGCAGACGUCUGGUGACUCACGACGAGCGUGCGGGCAAGACCAUCGCGUCAAAUGUGCGUCGGUGCUAAAUGGCAACACGUGUCGGACGCAUGUCAUCGCUUCCUGUGGCGGUGGUGUCUGACUGACCAGAUCACACGGCAGUGCAUGGUUGUGCCGUCUGAUGCGCGACACUUUGGCGUGAGUGACGUGAUUUCCGCAAGACAAUCCAUGCGAGUGUGUGGGGGGAAAGCGCAGACUUUUCAAAGGAAAAAAUGAACCAAGUGCAGUAGUGUCCCGUGCUUCGAGGAUGUCCGGGGGUUUUCCAAAGCUGUUUUAUUUCACUUUUUCUGUGUGUUUACAAGAGUAAUGUUAAUGUGUUGAUGUAAUAACUAUACAGUUUAUACAGAAAAAGUGUCAAAAUUUCUUGAUAAAAAAUGUGUGCUCUGAAUGUUGCCUAAUAUUUAACAGUUAGUGUCCACUAUUGGUUUGUUUUUAAAGCAUGUUGGUCAAAAUGCCUGUCACAUGAAUUGUAGAGAUAGUGCAGAUAUAGAAUGUUUUACUUUGCAAUAUAUAUUUUAACUAUGUGUGUAACAUUUUGUUUAAUUUUGAAAUGCAUAUAUAGUAAUAUAUAAGUAAUGAAAGUUGCAUAAUCUAUAUCAAUGAGGUUUAUUGAUUGGAUGCAUUUGUUUGCUAGGUUUUGACGAGAGAAAAAAAACUUUAUCUUCAGUAAGUUUUCCAGUGAAAGUGAUUAUCAAACUGAUUUCUGAUUUGCCUAUUUUGUACAUAAAAAUAAUUAAGUUCACUUUUCACGAGACUUGGACCUGGAACAAGUAUGCACACCAUGGGAGUGCACAAAGUAAGUUGUGUGUGGGUUUUUUGAGACUUCGUUAUAAUUAUUAUUUUUUAGAUUUUUCAAUGCGACCGCGUGGGUGAAUUCGAUGAGUCGUUUGGUUUCCGUUGUCAAUUCCCCGUUUGGCAGAGUGCGACUUGGAACGCUGCAGAGGCAUGAUGACAAGUGAAUUGUUUUCAGUCGUGUCACUUCUGUCGUGGAUGGCCAGUCUUACCGCCACUUUCCAGUCGAAACCUUUUGUCGGAGCUGAAAGUUCCUGUGAUGUUAGCAAGAGUAGCUUUCUGUCUUCAGUGACAUAAUUAGAAUUACUGCCUGGAUAAAAAUAUAUAAAACAAUUACUGUUGCUCUUUGUCAUGAUGAAGUUUAAAUCUUCUUACCAAAAAUAAUCUGCAUACAACCAUAAAAAUUUUAAAAUUGCAUAGAAUGUUGUGUGUUGUGAGAGUAACGCUUCGCCGUGGGUCAGUACGAGUAGCCGGAUGUGGUGGUCCACGAGAGAACUCUGGCUAGGUCGUGUGCGCUCCGCAGCGUUUCGCGCCAGCUCACUCGUCCACACAGAAGUGCUGAGGAAAUGCAACGAAACCAAAGCAUGUUACUUUUUUUCCCCUAUAAACUUACUUGAUGUUUGUAAUUGUUAGAGGAAGUAAGAAAGUACUGCAAGUUUUUUCUAUAGUUAAUGUCUGUGUCCCAAAUAUGACCACUAACCUAGAAGAGAUGGAUGUGUUUCAUAAGUAUAUCAGUAGGUUCUCGUUAGUCAGGUAGAUUCAGGAAGGCAAAAGAAAUAUUGGUAUUUUAGAGUUAAGGAACAAAGUUUAUGGAGAAUAUUUGUAAAUGCAAAUUGAGUUUUAAAAUAGUUUGACUAUGGUCUACUUUAAAAGCUAUGGGUAUGAUUGUGACUGUUGGCGUCAUAAAAUAAUAAAAUUUUUGAAGAAAA